AUGCGCAACUUUUUCAGGGAUAAAUCUCUGCAAAAUACUCCAGCAGAACGACCACGAAUUGGAGAUAUUCUGCUGUGCUCUGUGCAUAAUGCUUUGCAGCAUUAUCGCAAAUUUGUACAAAAUUCGCCAAUUUAUUUAGCAGCCAUUAACGAAUUCACUCGAGCCAAUAGCGCUUUUGCUGAAUCGUUGAAUCGGUUGCAAAUGAAACAUUCUUACUGUUUCAAUAUUAAUUUUGUAAUGCUAAAAGUUAUUCAUCGCAUGGUUGUAUGGCAAAAUUUGCUUGGCAGAAUGGUAGCAGCAUUUUUAGAAGACUGCAAUGAAAAUGAAACAGCUUCACAGCUUAGCAGCUGUCGAGUUGCUUUAGAGAAGAAGAAAGCUACUCUAGAAGGAUUGGUGCAUUUUAUUAAAUUUGUUGAACUGGGAGACGAUUUGAAUAUCAUUGACGGAUUAACGGAUCCAUUAAGGAGAUUUAUACGCCAAGGAUGGCUGUGUAAAUGGACUAAGCGUGGAUUUAUAUCCCACGUAGUGAUACUUUUCAAUGAUGCAUUGUUGUUCGCUCAUCGUUCUCAAACAAGCGGAUUCAUACGUAAUGCUUUCCUCCCAUUAAGAUCAAUGAAAGUAGAAGAAGGUGAUGCUCUGCAUGUAGUCACUGACCCUACUUUGUGCCUGACAAUCCGAGCAGUUGGUCGCACAUUCCUCAUGUCAAGUGAUUGUACGAGAGUUCGAGACAUUUGGUUUGAAGAAAUAAGAAGGGCUAUCGAUAAUGCGAAGAACUCAGCCGUUGAAAAAUUGCCACAAACUGAAACAUUUGGUGCAAAAGGUGUUCCAUGUAGUACACUAGACGUAUGUUGGUAUCGCCAUGCUACCUUAGGAAUAAAUGCAAUUAUUGCGGCUCCAACAAAUCAGAUGUCUGGUUAUUUAUUGCGUAAAUACCGUAAUUCUACAGAAUGGGAGAAAUUAUGGGUAGUGCAUGCAAAUUUUGCUUUGAUAUUUUUCCAAUCACACCAGGAGAAAGAACCGUUAGCUCUGUUGCCUAUUGUUAGUUAUCACAUAUCACUUCCACAGCUCAACGAUGAAAUUGACUGCGAUAAUGUUUUUAAAGUGUCUUAUAAUACUCAUUGUUAUUUCUUCCGAACUGAUAGCUUAUACUCUUUCUCGAAGUGGUACGAGUGCAUACGGGAAUCAGCUAUAAGCAGCAGUCCUUUAGAUGUUAUUGCUAAUUAUAUGGAAGCAAAGAAAUUGGAAAUCACAUAUGCCACAGUUUAUCUUCAUAAUCUCAUUUAUAUGACUGCUGACUUCAAUACUAAUUAUAGUCUUGUUGAAUUGUGGGCUGUGUUAAUAAUUCGUUGUUAAAU